AUGGAGAAUAACUUAAGAGUGCUGUUGUGUGGUGUUUUUCUUUUGUUUUCAUGUGAGUAUGCUGCUGGAGCCAAAAAGAAGAAGGAGCUAGAAACAAUCGUUGAGGUAUGUGAGGAGAUUGAAAUGUCAGACAAGCUUCAUGUGCUUAAAUUACUGGUAAUAUUUCUUUGCGAUCGAUCGGGUGCUUAUUUCUGCAAUUUUGAAUUUGAAUUUUAUCUUUCUUCGAAAAAAGAAAAAAAAUAUUAUCUCUUGGGUCUUUGAAAUUGGUAUUAUUUGAGGGAAAAUUCACGAAAUCUGUCGCGAUAACCUGCCAACGCGGAUUUUGUUAUGCAGUCGGGAAAAUUAGAAGCUUAGUAAGUUUUUAACCUUUGCAUACGUACGGGAGGACUCUGGGUGACCUUUAUGGCAAAUAUGUUCAACCGAAAAGGAAUCGAUAUUCGUUUGUUAGCCAAAAGUGGUCAAAGCUAAAGGUUAUUGUGGAAAUAUCGAUAAGACUAUUGUAAUGUUUGAGUAUGCAAGUUGACAUAACGCUUCUGCGGUAAAUGUGAACGAGACGGAUUAGUCAUUCGCGGGCGAAAGAUACUAAAAUAUCACGCGAUAUAUUUUUUUGUCUUUUUAUCGCGGUAUUUGUUUCAUCGUCAUUCAAAAUAACAUUUUUCCGAGCGUUCCUCAUGGAGAAAAAGUGGAAGAUUAAAUCACUAGGAACAUUUUUGCUGUUUUUGUUCAAAUACAACACAUAUACAGUUUUAGUCUAGGCUAUUUGUGAAGGAGUGUCACGACAGGUGGUCUAAAGUGAUGCUGGAAAUGAAUAAUUUACCACAAAUCUCGUCUCUGGGAAGCAGUGAUUUUAGGUUAAUUUUUUUGGCUUUGAUAUUCUUAAGUUUGCAUUAAAUAUAAUUUGCAAGGACUUAAAAGCAUAGAUCCUAUUAUAAAUCUAUAUACUGUUCUUCAAUAGGUGGGCACAAUUGGUUCACAUGUGAUUCAUACUAUGUAACUCAUACAAUGUAACAAUGAAUUAUAUUCAUGCAUGUAUCAGUUAAAUAAACAUUAUUAAUAUCUUAAGAGAACAUGUAUGAUUUGUGCAUUGCUGAAGAGUAGUUCAAUUACCUGACUGUGUAUAUAUUGUGGAAUUAACCCUUUGAUCCCUAAGAGUGACCAGCAUCUAAUUUCUCCUUACAGUAUCACCCUAAAAUCAAACAUGAAGGUCAUGAGAAUGGCGGAAAUGAUCACCAACUAAAGCAGCGAUUGAUUAGUAAACAAAUUCUCUUUAUCAGGACCUUGGAAAAAUGUAUAGUGAAUAGUAUGGAGAAUAUGGAUACUGAUGUUAGGGGGGUAAAGCCGGUUGAGACAUAGUCAAAAUGGAGUUAAGAGGGGGAAAUCAUUAUAAUUAAAACAUUCAUUAGACAUUUUAUUCAAAGUACAUAUGGUGUUGAAACUCAGUAGAAUAUGAGUAACAUACGUAACAUGUUAAGAAUAUUCUCAAAAUAGUUGUAAAAAAAAAGUACAGGCCACUAUAAUCUUAGGAAGAAAAGAUGGUCUGCACAGUAAUCUGAAUAUCCUCUGAUCUCUGAUGGCUUUUGGUGUUCUUUCCAAUGAACUAUUUUAUUGCCAAAUUUGGAAACUGGUGGGCAAUGGAUGUAAUCAAAUAAAUUGUGUUAAAUUAGAUGAGUAUUGUAAAUAUAAUUAAGUGAGGGGUCAAAAUCAAAUUCAAGGGAUUAAAGACAUUACUUAAAUUCCCUCUAGGGUUUGCACAGAAUGCAGUUAUUUAAUUUCUUAAAUUAUAGAAAUUUUCACACUGAUCAGGAAAGAAUGCAAAAAUGAAGACUUAUAAGUAUAGAUGAAAUUUGGAGUUUUCAAUUCUUUUUUUAGUUUAGAAGGUUCUAGUAGAGCUAGUAAAUAUGUGAUCAUUAUCUGUCUGCACUUGCUGGUUUUAUGUCAGAAAUCUCUCUCCUUGAAUAUUUAAUACUGCCAACUUGUGCAUAAUUACCAUAAGGACAGACUUUCCAUGAAGUAUUCUAUAUAAAAUUAUGUGAUCUUUCUAUUUCAGUACAAGCCUGCUAACUGUGAGGACAAAGCAGAUAAUGGCGAUAUUGUGUCUGUUCACUAUACAGUAUGUACAUAUAUGACUUUGCUUGUUACUUGAAAGCAUUACAGUGAAUUCCUAAGGAAAGGAUGUUCUCACAUCCUUACAUUUUUCAAGCCAGAAAUUUGAACCAAAAUUGUUUUAAUCACUUGGGUGCCAAGCUGUUAUUAAUAAAUAGAAUUUGGCAUCCUCUCCCUUUAGCUUUCUAUUAUCAUUUUAAAUUAGACUGCCUAAACAAAAAGGCAAAAAUAAACUGCCAAAAUAAAAAAUAAAAAAAAAACAACAACAGCACAAAGUAAACAACAACAGAAAGUAAAAACCUGUUCUCAAUUCUUAUUAAAGAUGUAGCUAUUGCAAAUGUUUGAAUUUCCUUAAUUUGUCAAUGAACUCUUUUAGGGUACACUGGAAAAUGGACAAAUGUUCGAUUCAUCCCUGGCAAAAGGAAGGGAGCCACUUGAGUUCCAGUUGGGAAAAGGGAAGGUUAUAAAAGGUAACUCGCUCCAGGCCUUGUUGAUUAUUUUGCAAUACUAUCAGGGUGAUUUAGUUUUGGAUUCAUAAAGCCAUUAAGCCAAAGUUAUCAGUCAACUGCUCUCUAUAGCAAAAAAAAUAAAAAAUUUAAAAUCAUGAGCUGAUGAGAACACAGUUUAGCAACAAUAUAUAAAGCAUGAGAACACUCAAGUGAGCAUUUGACUGGCAAUUGGUUUUUUUUUAAAAUCUGAUUUGUUGAGAGUAUGAAGCAAGUGUUCUUGCAUGGCCAAUCACAUAGAAACUUGAAGUGAAACCAUAAAAUUAAACUUACUUACUGUCAAUACUUAUACUUAGUCAAAUGAAAAUUGUUUUAAUUACAAUAUUUUGACUUCUUUUACUAUCUGGUUUCUGAUUCUUUUUUAAAAGCUCUUAGUUAAAACCAUUUUAGAGAUGCGAAGAUAUCCCAAUUCUUCAUUUCAUGUAAAUGAAUAAUUCUCUUGACUCACAAUAUGUGAAUUAUUUAGCUACUAAAGUUUUACUUACAACUAUGUGACAUUUUGUUGGUCAUGUAUACAUACAUAGUGAGGUAUAAAAAUUAUAAGGAGGAAACAUUAAAAGCUAAACUAGAAAGGAACCACUGUCCUCAGUCAAGUGUUCUGGUGAAUUUGAUUAUAUGAGGUUACCUUUUGUGAUAUCUAAUGUAGACUGAGCAUCAUUGAAAAUAAAAACCAAAGUAUAAUUACUGUAUAGUGAUUUUAGAUAUAUGAAAUUCAUAUAUUUGCACUGCGAUGAAGGAACGAAUUUAGGAGAUCCUUGCAGCUAAGAACACUACUGAACUAGUGGUUGAAAAUGGGACCUGAGAAAAGUUCAGGCCUGUAUGGGAUUUGAACCCAUGACCUCUGCGGUACCAGUGCAGCGCUCUACCAACUGAGCUAACAAGCCAACUGGGAGCUGGGCAAUAUGUUGGGUCCAAAUAAACCAUCCAGGUGAUGAAAAUAAUGACUUCCAUAAUAUGGUAAUACUUUUUUUAAAAGCUCUAAGUUAAAGCCCUUUAAGAGAUAUUAAGAUUUCCCAAAUUGUGAUUUUAUGUGAACUUCAAUGACAGAAAGUUCACCAGUUUACAAGUAAUUGCCACUUUAACUUUUUCACUUAUUUCUGUAUUUUUUUUUUACAGGUUGGGAGAUGGGUAUAAAAGGAAUGUGCAUAGGGUAAGAUUUAGAAAUAUUACAGUAUGCGUAUAAUGAUUUUAGAUAUAUGAAAUUCAUAUAUUUGCACUGCAGCGAAGAGAUGAAAUUAAAGGAUCCUCGCAGCUAAGAACUCUACUGAAAUGACUAGUUGAAAAUAGGACCUGAAAUAAAUUUCAGGCUCAUACUGGAUUUGAACCCAUGACCUCUGUGAUACCGGUGCAGUGCUCUACCAACUGAGAGCUGGUCAAUAUGUUGGGUCCAAAUAUACCAUCCAAGUGCUAUACAUACCACAGUAUUUGAUAAAAAACAACAAUAAGGUCAAAUAUUUUCAUCAUGAGCAGAUUUAUGUAAUUAGCAAUUAGUGCCAUUGAGCAGAGGACUUCUUCUAAAGUGGGGCUUAGCUUAGCAGAAUUUCCUCAAGUGAAAAAAAAAUACCUGCUUACUUCUAAGCGACAAGUUGGGGUGCAAAAAAUUGUGCCCAUGGAUGGAUACUAUUUUCCAAGUUCUAUUCAUUUGAAAUAAGCUAUUUGCAAACAUAACUGACAACAAGAUUGGCAUGGCAACUUUUAAGUAAAACUCCCUUUGGGCUUCAUAGCCCCUUACUGUCUUAACUGCCUUUCUUAUUCUUCUUUUCACAUUGUUUAUUCUCUACAAAUAAAUUCAAAAACCCCUUUUGGUUGAUCAUUUUUGUAGCUCCCUCAAAUGAGUUUAAAGAAGCAGUGUUCAGGCUGAUAUUUUUCAACAGUCCUCGAUUCUACUUUUUCUCUUUUCAGUGAAAAAAGAAAAUUGAUCAUCCCUCCUCACCUAGGGUACGGAGCUCGUGGAAUUCAGAAUGUUAUUCCUCGUAAGUAAAUGUUGAUUGUAAAAAUGACCAUGGAGGAACUAAGGGGGCCUAUAAGUACAGAAAAUGGGCUGAGCGCAAGUGCAAGUCUAGAUUUAUGACACAAGUAAUAUUUGGGAAGUUUACUUAACCCUUUAACUCCCAAGAUCUGAUCGUUAAUUCUCCCCUGUAGCUGCUACACAUUUCCUUAUAAAUUAGUUAUGAGAACUUGAUGCUAGAUCAAGAUAGCAGCUUCUACCUGAUAAGUUUGAAUAUUCUCAUUACCUGUUUGCUGAAGAAUGUAUGGAUAUUGUAGGGAGAAGUUUUGUGUUGAUCCCUUCUGGUAGUUAAAGGGUUAAUUGAACUUGGAUGACCAAAACAUUUCAGAACGUCACAAGAAGCCAUUAAUCAUUAAAUGCAAAAGCAGUUUGUAUGAUUUUUGAUUUUUAAGUCAUUUUUCAAAUCUCUUUGUAUGUCCUCAGUCACACGUUACUUAGAAUAAGAAAUUUCCAACGAGUUGGAAAAUGCUAAUAUUUUCUUUGUAAUGGCAAUUUGAUAAAAUAAUUAUGACAUUUCAACCAAGUUUAAAGUUUUUUGAAAUGUUUAGAACUUAGCAUUUUUUGUUUGUCUUUAAUUCUGAGCACAUGCAAUGUGUAAAUCCUGUGUUGCAAGCUAGAACUUAUUUUAUUGAGCAUGAGUCAUUGACCAAUCAUGAACAAGAUAUCUAUUGGAUAUGUGGUAAUAGCCAAAUAGGGAAAAAUUUUCUUUUAAAUUUCUUGUUAUAACACAGAAUGGGAAUGGUUAAGAAGCCUUUCCUUUUCGCUCUCCUGGCAAGAUUUCUGUGCAGCCCCAUUCUUCAUUAUGCAGAUAGUUUAUGGAUAAAAAAAAAUAAUGGCAGAAACAAUAUUUUGCCUUUAGGACUACAACUUUUAUUUGUUUUAGAAUAGUAUGGGGUUAUGAAGAAAUAUUUCUGCUAAUCAUGAUAUUAAUAUCAUUCUACGUUACUGAAUAAAAAGCAAAUCCUAACAUUUUCUUAUUUUUGCUUUAUUCACACAUAGCCGACUCUGUACUUAUUUUUACCACCGAGCUCAUGUCCAUUAAGAGGAAGUCGCUGUUCGAUCCAAAGUUACUGCUGCAAAUAGGAUUUUGGCCGCUCCUGGCUGGAGUGAUUUUGUACUAUCUGUAUAGAAAGGCAUCUAGGAAAUCUGGCAAGCCUGAAACAAAGUCGAGCAAGAAAAAUAAAAGGAAGUAAUAAAACUGUGAACCUUUUUAUUUAUGAGGUUAUUCGUAAAUGAUAUCACAGUAUUCCUCUUACUCGGCAUCAGUUGACUAUGACACGAUUUUGUACCCUAAUUUGGGAAACUUUCCAUGCGCAACGCUUGAAGUUCGUUGACCACUCUGGAGCAAUCAGCGUAGAAACCAGAACUCGGUUAGUGAUUGAGAAAGGUGACAAUUAACCCUUUAACUCCCAAGAUCUGAUUGUCGAUUCUCCCCUCUAGCUACUACACAUUUCCUUGUUAAUUGAUUACGAGAAUUAGGUGUUCAAUCAAGGAAAUAAAUUGUACCUGAUGAGUCUGAGUGUUCUCAUUACCUGUUUGCUGUAUAAUAUAUGAAUACUAGAGGGAGAAGUUACUUGGUAAUCACUUCAGGGAGUUAAAGGGUUAAAGUACAUUGCCUGAAGCGCGGGCAAACGCGACUGACCAAUUAGCGACUAGCUUUUAAUUUAGAUUUGAUUGGUUGGCAGGAUGGUGCGAGUUUUCUGGACCAAUCACAGAGUGCAGUAAAGCAAACCCAAAACGAACUUGGCUUGCUUUUGACACUUCACACUUACUUUAGACACCGAAAGAUUACUUUACAUCGAUAUUUUCUUAAGAACCAGUCAAAUAAUCUAUCGGAAAGUAUUAUCCGCCUCUAUUAACGAUUUAAAAUAAAGUUCGGAUAUAACGAGCGCUGUCAUUGGUUGAAAGAGCGUGCUCUAUGAGAGUAUAGAGCAUAGAGCUGAGCUAAAGCUGUCACGCCAUCUGCCAACUGUACUAUGUUCGACCUUUUCCGGGACUUCUUUUUAGCUUUUUUCCGAUAAUUGAAAGUGAAAUUUCGGAACUGAGGCGAGCCGGCAAGUAGCGACAGAAGAACCAAACAAAGGUUUGUUAACAUACCAGGCGCCGUAAUUUACGUUAUCAAAACGUGAGCAGAUACGAAAAUCCUCAAAGGAAAAACAAAAUAGACAUUCCGAGUUUUAAAAAUUUUCACGCUCAGUUAGAUUGCAAGCUUACGUACAGUAAUAAAAAUCAAACACAGCUAACACUCGUAUAAAAUAUGAAGUUCAGUGUUCAAAAACAAAACAGAAAAAAACAGAAUUGAUGAAAAAUAUAACCAAACUGGCAUGAUUGUUAAAAUUCAUACUAAUCAUGACGAUUUCUGAGCGAAUAUGAUCAUGCUGAAGUUCAUCGCGGCUCGCUCAUCAUGACGAUCUCCGGUCAUCACAGUAAAGCAAGCCUCAGAAACUACAUCGGCCGCCCUUCGAGUGAAAAAAUAAGAGCUUGCUCUGAUAUCCUUUCCGAUACGUUGAGUGGAAAGUCAAUUCAGUCACUGCAGCCGAGUUUUGCGGCGCUGUCAUCCCGAGCGAUCUUCAUGUUCCGGUGAAUUCGGCUGUCGUUCAUUCAACAAACAUUCGCCUUGAACAGUUUGUUUUCUACCUUGUCAUGUGAAAAAACUCGCGUGUUUUUAUGAGCCGUAAUUCGGCUGAAGUUCACUGAACAUUUCACUUCAAGAUUCUGUAUUAGAGACUUAAAAACUUCGAGCAAAGUGUUAAAUUCGACUUGCCGAACAAUUUUAGUUUGUAAACUAUCGUAGAAUGUGAACUUUGAUGGUUUGACACUUGACAGCUUUAGUCUUGUACAGUAAAUCAGAUUAUUUGAACCAUUCUAACAGGGAUUCUGAUUGGCUUAUUGUAGCGUGCUCUAUGAGAGUAGAGAGCAUGCUGACGACACUGUUGUUCGCUUUGGAAAUAAAGUUUUUUUGAAAAUUGAAAGUAAUGCAUGGGGAAUUUAACGGAUUCUUUACUAUAAAACAAAUAGAGAAGCCUUGACUGUGCUCUGUUCUGUUAUAAAGCACUUAGGAAGCGGCAAGAGCACUCAAGAAGUGGGG